GAAGCGGAGUUGCUUCUAGGGUACCGACUUUGGGAGAGAGGAGCACAUCUUGUUUUUUUCGCGGUUCACCAAGCGAGAUCAGAGUAGAAUCGGAAGUGCGACGAAAGGAAUCACGCUGCUCGUCUACUCCGCGCUUAUCGCGUGAAGUGUAUAUGUGUUUACGUGUACACGGAAAAUAGAUAAGAAGUGAUACGGGCGAAGACCUCUCAAAGUCCUCGUCGUGCGAUAGUGAAUGUCCGUGGAGGUACAACGGAUGUUUCCGUCGCUGAUCACUGAACCGUCGGCCAAUAAGGGAUUUCAAGCAGAAGAAGAGAUGCGUUGGUGGUUUGCUGGAGGACACUGAAAGGGAGACCUAGAAGGCUUCUCCAUCAACGUCCUCCAGGUGCAAUCAGUAUGCCAACCGACAUCGUAGUUACAUCGGCCUCGGCCACGGUUUCAGAGGAGACAAGUAGAGGUCGGGACCUAGGCCUUGGACAGUCUCCAAGAUCAGGCCCCUCUUCUGCAGCCUCGUCAUCCUCCAAUUCUAACGCGGCGUCAACCUCAAGAGGAUUUGAUCCAUCUAGCACUCUCGCCUAUCAUCAUCAUCGUCACAGCUUGGUAACUGGUCUGGGUCAUGCUCAUCAUCGAGAAUCAUCAGCCUUUGUGCCUGUGGUGCCUUCAAGAUUACAACUCACUCCAUAUCCAGGUGAAAUACAUCCCCAUCUACCCGGACCACCGCCCUCUUCCUCAUCGUCAACGAAUUCGGAACAUGAAGUCGGCCCUGAAUCUUCAGUAGCUAGAAAAAGCUCUUCGAGUUACGAUAUUAUGGCGAUGAUGGCCGACAAGAGAAAAGAAUUGGCGAGAGGUCUUUUACUACCACCACAUCCUCUCCUUGAACCACCUGGUUAUCCGGUAUUUGCCGGUCCUUUUCCAGGUAGUUCCGCAUUGUAUCCCCCAGGUGGUCCAUUAGCCCAUCAGCAUCUGGAUCGAAGGUUACUCAGAGCACCUGGCAGGGCAUCCAGACCGAAGAAACAGUUUAUUUGUAAAUUCUGUAAUCGACAAUUUACGAAAUCAUACAAUCUUCUUAUUCAUGAGAGGACUCAUACCGAUGAAAGGCCGUAUUCUUGUGACAUAUGUGGCAAGGCGUUCAGGCGGCAGGAUCAUCUUAGGGAUCACAGGUAUAUCCACAGCAAGGAGAAGCCUUUCAAAUGUGGUGAAUGUGGUAAAGGCUUUUGUCAAAGUCGUACUUUAGCAGUUCACAAGAUUUUGCAUAUGGAAGAAUCUCCACACAAAUGCCCUGUUUGCGCGAGAAGUUUUAAUCAGCGUAGUAACCUCAAGACGCAUCUUUUAACGCACACGGAUCACAAGCCUUACGAAUGUACGUCAUGCGGCAAAGUAUUCCGCAGAAAUUGCGAUCUCAGGAGACACGCAUUGACACAUGCCGUAGGCGAUGUUCCUCCAGAGGCACUGGAAGAGGCGUUGAGGGACGAUGACAGUCCCGAAGAGGAUUGCCCUGAGCCUGGACCAUCUUCCUCAUCGACGUCCACAACACCGUCCGUAUCUUCUGCAUCUUCUAGUUCGUCUGGAUAUCCUUCCCAAGGAUCUUCAGUCCCACCACCUGCGCCUACAGCAUCGGCUUCAGCACCAUCUCUUCCUCAGAGACCUCAACUUCAGAUUAGAAGGGAUUUAUUACCCGCUGUGAAGACAUCGACGGUGACCAGUGGAGCUUCUGCGGCUCAUUCUGUCACCCAAAAUCCACCGGCUGCCCUUCCGCCGCCACCCCCACUCAUUUUGGCUUCUUAUCGUCGAAGAAUUGGCUCUCCAGGUCCUUCAAGAGUAUUUCUAGAACUUCAAGAGCGCGAGCGCGAGAGAGAACGAGAGAUGGAGCAGAACAGAGAAAGAGAACGUAACAGGGAGCGUGACAAGGAAAUAGCUAGACCACCGAGAGCACCAACACCACAACCACCACCACCACCACCUAGACCUGCACCAGCACGUCAGGGUUUUACCAUUGCAGAUAUAAUGGGUCGAUAGAAAAUUUGUCGCAGGUAGUUUUCCUGUGCUUGAAUUUUUCUUUUAUAUAUAGGCUCUAUGGAUUACACGAAGGAGA